AUGAUAAAUAAAGUGAGUGAACUCAGUACUCUCUGCGAUGUUAAAGUCUGUGCAAUAAUUUAUAGCCCUUAUUACACACAACUAGAGGUUUGGCCUUCCCCUCUCAGAGCCCAACAUGUGUUUGCUGACUUUAAGUGGAUGCCCGAGAUGGAGCAGAGCCAGAAGAUGGUGAAUCAAGUGAGUUUCCUGCAUCUGAGGAUCACCAAGGCAAUUGACCAAUUGAAGAAACAGUGCAAAGGCAAUCUCCAAAAAGAGAUCGCACAUAUCAUAUUCCAAUGUCUUAUGGGGAAACCCCUCCACCAACUCAACCUUAUUGAUCUCAAUAAUUUAGGUUGGCUCACUGAACAACACCUUAAAGAAAUUUAA